AUGACGCUUCCCGACAUGGAGUACUAUGAUUGGCUUCGUUUGGAUUUCCUCUUCUCCAAGGGAACUACCCUGCUGGUACCAGUAAUCACUCUACAGCUUUCGCUUCGGUACAAGAUGCAUCGGCAAAACGAACAUCUCGACCUGAGCAUCGUUCUGUUGACACUCAUCUUUUAGGGAAUUGUGCUCAUCCAUGGAGCUUUGAUCGUCGUCAUGCCUAAAGCUUGCAUUCCUCUCAAGAUGCACUGGCAAGACGGCAUCCUCGCGAACAUCUAUUCUCCAAUCGCAGUGUUGAUCCACUCUUCAAUCGAAGUGUUGAUCCACCCUUCAAUCGAAGGGUUGAUCCACUGCCAGUUCCUGUGCGAGGUCGCUUUCUCGGUGGUGAUGCACUUUUAUAUACGAGAGUCUUUGAACUCUCUCUUCAAGACGUGGGAAGGCGUCGUUCUUGCAGAAUUGGAGACUGCUCUGGAGAUCUUCAUCUCCUCCAGCCAUUCCAGCUUUAUUGAGGUCGUUGUGUAAGUCACUUGCCCAACGGACUGUUUGAGCGCUCUACAGUGCUGUCACCAAAACAUACAAAGCCAUGAGAGGAUCACUCGGCUCGGCUUACAUUUGUUCUUUUGCAUGUGCUCAGGUUCAUCAUUCUGAUCUGGGACGCAAUUCUCACCAAGAAGGCACGGGAGCAGGCUUCUGCUGCCUGGGAGAAAAUCGAAGGACUGAGUGCCAAAGGGAGCAUAGUCGUUCGACUUUGCGCAGAUGACCCCGACCUGGCAUUGGAUAUCUUCCACAGGUCGCUUCAACAUCGUCUAGCAGAUCUAAAGAAGGUGCAGGCCACGGAUUCAGACCUUUCCAAAUUGAACGCUCAGAUCCAGAUGACAUCACAACAGAUCUCUGCAAAGUGCCGUUUGGCGAACCGAUACUUGGAUGAGGAGAAAGUCGAGCUGGCCAGAGCUGAGAAGGAUGGCAUAGAAGAGCUCCAGAGGUCCCACGAGCGGGACAUUGCCAGAAGCAAGACGAUGAUGGAAGCCGAGACAGCAGACCUUGAUUCGGUGUCUCUGCUGUUGCAGCAUUUUGAAAUCAUCCGUCGUCACUGGCGUCGCUCUGGGGGAGCGUAUCUUCUGUCGACAAGGCGCUAG